CGUCUCAUCUUCUUCUUCCUCUCUGCCUCUUCUUUUUCUUACUUCUUCAGUUCCACUUCCAUUAAUGGCUACUCUUUCCGCUGCUUUUGCGUCAUGGAAGCCUGCUGCCAGCUUCAUUAACCAGACUAAGGGGCUUACUUAUCCAGCCAAGGUUGCAUCAAUUGGCACAUCGAGGCUCAACUUUCCCUCUUCGAGAUCAUCGCGCCUUCACAUCCGUUGUGCGGCCAAACCUGAGAUAGUGAACAAAGUGUUAGAAAUUGUGAAACGACAAUUGGCAUUGUCCAACGAAACUAGCCUCGCUCCGGAGUCGAAAUUUUCUGAAAUCGGUGCGGACUCACUAGACACGGUGGAGAUUGUGAUGUGCCUGGAGGAGGAGUUUAGCAUCAGCAUUGAUGAAGACAACUCACAGAACAUAAACACAAUUCAAGAUGCGGCCGAUUUGAUCGACCAACUCGUGCAGCAGAAAACUGAGGUCGCUUGAGCUUAAUUUUCGAGUUUUAGCGAUUGGUGUGGAGUUUGUGUUGGCACCAGUCGUCAUGAAUUUUUUUUUCCUUUUAAUUCAGACAAUAGUUUUUGGUUUUUUGUUUUUGAGAAAAGACAAAGUGAUUGAUUAAUUGGCAGUUGAA